GGACGCUUGUCCGUGCGCGAAAGUUCGCUGGCAGCAUCCAGUGACAUCGCGGAGCUCGACGCGCGCGCAUCGCUUAUCGCGCGGGAGGAUCGAAUCCUCGGAUCUGUUGCGAAUUUUCUCCCGAAUAGCUACCGAUCGGAAACGUAAAACACGUGUUUAAAGAUCCCGUUCGAGUGCGAAGAGAUCGCGCGAGUUUUCGUUUGUUCCAUCGUGACAUCGAGUGACGAUCUCUCUUGGAUCCUCCUCCGCUGGUAUAGUGUUGGUUCGCCAAGUGACGUACGCGGUGCUCCCGAUUUAUGACAAAAAUCAAAUUAAAAGAAGUCAAUCGUGCGUGAUUAUCGGUGCUACGGAUCGAUAAAAUUAUAGUGCCGUGACGAUGCGAUACAGGCUCGAGGACGAUGCGACGAGGAGAUGAUUCCCGGGAUCGAGUGAGUAGUGUUGGCGGGAGGGUCGGAGAUCGUUGCGACCGCCGAUGACAGCCCGUGACACCACGUGUUCGCGACGUCAUUCCAAGACGACGACGACCAGGGACGUUGGCGCCGGAACGAUCUGUCGCGGUGAUGCCGUGAUGCGUGUAAUAACGCGUGUGCAAGCUGCAACUGGCAGUACGUUUUGAUCGAGUGUUAAGGGAUUGACGGCUCAGGAUUAUCUGAGAGUCGAACGAGACGCGAACCAAGUUAGAAUGGUUCGAGGGUGAAAUCGCUAAAGAGACGUUCGUCAGUAUGUUGCGGAUAUUGAUAGUAGUGACAUGCAUCAAGAUAUCGACUCUCGUCAGUGCGCAGUCGAAAGGAACUACUUCUUUCGACGAAGAUGCGAAUAGCGACGAACCUGACCAUCCGAUACCCAUGGAGUCGAUACAGGGAGUGGCGGGUCAGAAGGCAAUCCUGCCGUGUAAUAUACAGCCCCGCGAGUCGAAUGACGGCGUCUCCAUGGUGCUCUGGUUCAAAGAGGACAGCGGUGAACCCCUGUACAGUUACGAUGCGAGAAGUCGACAAUUUGGUAAAGCGAAGCUAUGGAGCGCUGCGAAUUUUUGGGGUCCUCGAGCGAUUUUUCGUUCGACCCCGCCAGCACAGCUGACAGUUCAGGAUCUUCGGCAGAGUGACGAGGGUGUUUACAGGUGCAGGGUCGACUUCCGGAACUCACCGACAAGAAACUUGAAAGUUAACCUCACCGUUAUCGUGCCACCGGCGAAGCCGAUAAUCUAUGAUGCGAAAAGGCGAGACAUGAGCAAACUCCUCGAAGCAUACCCGGAGGGAGCCGACUUGUUCCUGGUUUGCGAGGUGCACGGCGGCAAGCCAAGACCGCAGGUCUCUUGGUAUCUGGAGUCGCAGAACAUUCCUGCGUCCACUGAAAUUCGAGAGACACAUGGUCCGAAUGGGGAGAUCAACGUUGUAACCAUCAGCAACGUGACUGUGAAGGUUCUCACAAGGAGGCAUCAUCACGCCAAGCUGUCCUGCCGAGCGAAUAACACUCAAUUAGCGCCGCCACCCACCACUACCAUCGUCAUAGAGCUUAACAUGAAACCGUUGAAAGUGGAAAUUUUGGGGAAGGAUCAAGUCCUCUCGGCGGGAAAGAUGUAUGACGUGAGAUGUCAGAGCAGCGGUUCAAGGCCGUCGGCGGUCCUGACCUGGUGGAAGUCCUCGAAGCAGCUGAAGGGGCUCAAGAAAAACGAUGGUGUGAGUCUGUUGCAAUUCACGCCGACGGUGGAGGACGAGGGAAAGUUCCUGGUGUGUCGUGCCGAGAAUCCGAAGCUACCGGAAGCCGGUAUCGAGGACCGAUGGAAGCUGCAAGUGCACUUUGCGCCUAUUGCCAGUUUGAAGAUAGGUUCCAACCUGAAUCCGAAGAACAUCAAGGAGGGCUCUGACGUUUAUUUCGAGUGCAACAUCAGGGCAAAUCCUAAGUUAAGCAAACUAACUUGGUUCCACGAGAAGGAGCAGCUGCAUCACAACGUCCACUGCCGCAUCGUGCUCUCGAAUAAAUUCGCUGGUGCUGCAAGUAUAACUCGAGAUUCCGCCGAAGGAUAUUUGCAUGGCCGAGAAUAUGAGGCCGCGAAAUCCAACGUAGUCAAUUUCGAGGUUAUUUUCGCGCCCGUUUGCAAGCACGUGCUGAGCUCAAGCGGAGGCUGGAGGCAUCAGAACGCCACUCCGCCGCCGUUCAACGUGCCCGAGGAAGUGCACGGUGCUCUAAAGCACGAGACCAUAAGUUUAGUUUGCGAGGUCGAGGCCAGCCCCACCAAUGUGACCUUCCAUUGGACCUUCAACAGCAGUGGCGACCUCAGCGACAUUCCGUCCACCAAGUACACCAACGAGGGCACAACCAGCAGGCUUAAUUACACCCCAUUGACCGAUAUGGAUUACGGGGUUCUGGGCUGCUGGGCUAGCAACGCCGUAGGUCACUCCAAGCAACCUUGCCUCUAUCAAGUCAUUGCCGCAGGCAGACCUUACCCGUUGCAGAACUGCACCACCUAUAAUCUGAACGGUUCCUGGGUGAGGAUAUCUUGCGUCGAAGGAUACGACGGUGGUCUGCCGCAGAAAUUCGUCGCCAUCGUAGGCAAACGACGUCUAGAAUCCCCAAGCCCUUAUUGGGAGUUCGAAAUGCUCAAGCCGGCAAAGGUCGCCCUUUACGCGGUAAACGCGAAAGGUUCCAGCGAGCCAUACUCUAUAGAGGUCGUCUUGAAAGGAGUAGCCAAGUUUACCGGCGAAUCGACGUCCUCGGUCGAUAUGUCACCGAUCUUGAUUGGACUUGGUGGCACAGCGACCGGUUUGGGGUUAAUCGUGACCGGUGUACUAAUGGCGCUCUGGAGGAGGCACGCGGCCACCCCAGCGAAGCCGAAGCCACCCCAGCAGCCUAGCAUUGCGACUUUCGCGGGAAAGGGCGAGGAGGAGGACGGCAAUCCGGAUCUUAUACCUACAACGGCCUUGACCAAUCAUCUCACCGACAGAAAGCUUCCUCGUUACGGGUCUCUACCACGAAGACCACGUCAACUGGAAGGACGUGAAAUGUCCCACGAUGUCCUAGAAGAUUCAGAUUAUCCGAGAGCAUCGCCGAAUACAUUCUACAGUCUCCAAAGGCCGCACUCGGAGUCGAUCAGCAGGAGUAUUCAGGAGAGCUGCAUUUAAGGGUCAAACACCGGGACAUUAAGAGAAGUGGGCGGUCGGCGCGACGUUCUAGACGGAUGGAUGGGAAGCUGCAGACGUCUGCUGCAUCACCUAACUUCCGGAUCGUCGACUAUCGUUCAACAGGGUAUAGCAGGCCCCUAGACCAUGGCUGAUGGAGACUGUAGACUGGGAGGUGAAGGAGAUGAAGCCACACGCUUCUGCGCGCGUUUAAGCGUACCAAAGACAUUUAUAUAGCCACUUGAUUCACACUACGCCUUUGUAAAUAUUGUAUAUAAAUAAAACACAUCAAUUUCGUGUUA